AUGGCCAUGACACGUUCGCAACCCUUACUCUCGACCUUGCGAUCCAACGCAGGUCCCGCACUCCGAUCGACCACCAGCAGACUACAAGCUCGCCCCACCCUCGCAGCAGCAGCAGAAACACGACCGAACAAAUGGGCAAGCGUUCGCUGCAACUGCACCACCAGGACUGCACCUACAACAACAUCAAGAUCUACAGGUGCCGCGUUGUUGGCUGCGCUCGUUGUCGCGACGUAUGCGGUCGUCCAUGCUCGGGGGAGUGAGCCGCUGGCGAUGGAUGCUGCGCAACAACAGGAUGGGGGUGAGCGUCGAGUUGAGGUGCAAAAUGCUGUAUUUUCUAGUCCAUGCUGAUGCCUUGUGGACGCCCUGUUCCCUUGUUGCUCUCCCUCCAAAAGUUGUCGCCCCCACCUCGUCCUCAACCUCAAGCACCUACAAAGACCCGACCACCUCAACCCCGUUCCCCCGCUACAUCAACUCCAACUCGGGAGCUCGCUUGAGGUUGGUCGGUACGGGCGUACGCACCGUCAGUUUCCUCAAUGUCCAGGUUUAUACGGCCGGUCAGUUCUUAUUCUUGGGGCAAAGUUUUCCGGAGCGGAAGAACUGAACUCCGAAGGUUGAUGACCGGCUCAACCCCUUCUCGCAUGGCCAGCUUUCUACGUCGAGGAAAAGCUCUUGCAACGACUCGCACAAGUCUCAGGAGGAUGGAAGGUGCGUCUGCAACGUGUGCAUCAAACCAGCAUGCUUCGAAAAGAAGGAACAACUCAGUCCUUUUGCGUUUCCAUCCGGUUGCACAGGAUUACUCCCCUUCGGACCUCCUCCCACCUUUUGGUGACGGUCAAGAAGGGAAAGGGGCGAAUCCGUCGGGGGAGAAGUUGAUCGCGGCUUUAUUGGACGAGGCCGAUUGCGCAGUCAUCAUUUGUGAGUCCACUAUGGUUUCUAUCACAUGGAGACCCCCUCAAAAAACUGACUCCUCCUCCUCCCCCACAGCCCCUCUCCGCACGACAACCCUCGCCCACCUCCGCGACGGAUUCUCACGUGCCCUCAUUGCCCGCAUGAAACUACGUCGCGUCACUUCGACCUGGUCCGAGAAGGACGGUGAAGAAGCGCUGGAGAGUUUGUCGAGGUUGAAGGGUUUGUUCCCGAGCCGCAAGUUGAACAAGGGAUCGCAAUUGAGCUUGUUUUAUAGGAGGCAACGGAGGGAGGUCGAGUUUUGGAUAAAGGUACGAUCUCUCGUUGCUUUCUUUCCUGAACUCGUCACUCACUCAGAACGCUGACUUUGUUUGCCCUUCUCGAUUCCGACGAGCGCAGGAGCCCAAAUCCAACAAAGAAGAACGCCUAGGCGCUUUCGACGAUCGGUUCUUGAGUCGAGAAUUGUUUCUGUCCUACUUCAGUGACGAUGCCGAGAUUUCGAAAGAGUUGAGGAAGAGUACGGCGAUGGGCUUCGCGGGCGAACCGAGGUGA